AUGGCGUCCUCUUUGUAUCGUUUGAAAUUUGUGUACCUACUUUCUUUCCUCUCAACGUUUCAUCACAUAGCCACUCGCUCAUUUUCCUCCGUGCAGCCUCUUUGCCAUGGCCACGAAAGGUCUUACUUGUUGCAAUUUAAGGAAAGCUUUGUCAUCAACAAAACUGCUUCCAUUGAUCCAUCGGCUUAUCCCAAGGUUGCAUCCUGGACAUUAGAAGGAAACAACAGUGACUGCUGCUUAUGGGAUGGGGUACAGUGUGACGAGUUCACGGGCCAUGUCAUUGGUCUUGACCUCCAUUGCAGCUGUCUCUAUGGUUCUAUUAACUCUAGCAGCAGCCUUUUCAAUCUUGUUCAUCUCCAAAGGCUUAAUCUUGCUUACAAUCAUUUUAACUACUCUCAAAUUCCAUCCACAGUUUCCAAUCUAUCCAAACUAACAUAUCUCAGUCUCUCCAAUUCUGUGUUUUCUAGUCAAAUCCCAUUAGAAUUUUCACAAUUGUCCCAAAUGUCAUCCCUCGAUCUUUCUUUCAACCAUGAUUUGGAAAUCAAGAAGCCAAGUCUAGGACGUCUAGUUGAAAAUUUAACCCUCCUAGAAGAGCUUGAUUUGAGUGGGGUGAGCAUAAUCUCCAUUGUGCCCAAUAUCUUGGCAAAUUUGUCUUCUUUAACUUCCCUUCGUCUCAGUGACUGCCAAUUGAAUGGGGAAUUUCCAAUAGGCAUCUUUAAGCUUCCAAAUUUAAGAGUUCUUGAUUUGCUGCACAAAAAAGGUCUCACCGGUUAUCUACCCGACUUUCAACGGAGCAGUCCCCUCGAGAAAAUGGUUCUCGCAAACACAAGUUUCUCAGGUAAGCUACCUGCUUCAAUAGGAAACCUUGUCUCUUUGACUGUAAUUGAAAUGUGGAGGUGCAACUUCUCGUGGUUCAUUCCAUCUUCACUUGGUAACCUCACGAAUCUAAAUUUUCUAGAUCUCUCACUUAACACUUUCAAGGGCCACAUUCCAUCUUCACUUGGUAACCUCAAGCAUCUAAAUUUUCUGGAUCUUUCACGCAACACUUUCAAGGGCCACGUUCCAUCUUCCUUUGGAAACCUCAUCCAACUUUCUACUCUAUACCUUUCUGAAAUGAAUUGA